UGUCUAGGGAUUUUUUUUAUAACCAAGUCAUGUGUCACAAAAUGCAAAUAAAAUUGUGUUUAAAUUUCAAAAAUCAUUAUUAAUUAACAUGCUUGAGGCCAUGGGGAGACGAGUGAGCAAGUUAAAAUACUACAAAACCGCAAUUUUGGUGGUCUUCUCGUUUCUAUUCGGUUGCAUGUUGACAAUAAACCUAACCCCAAUUGACAAGACUUGUCGAAUUGAAGAUUCGGACAGAGAAUACAACAUAAUGCAAAAUUCGAAGUUAAAAAACCCAGACCUCAUUAUUUUAAUUCUAUCAGCCCCCAAAAAUUUGGACAGGCGUAAUGUGAUUCGCCAGACGUGGCUUCAGCUCGUUGACACGAACGCUGAAGAUGAGAAUAUCAAAUUUAAAAUGAAACAUUACUUCGUUAUUGGAAGUUUAGGUUUGUCUGUUGAUGAUAUUUUACAUUUAACUUCUGAACAAUCCCAGUUUAGUGACAUUUUAAUUCUUCCCAUGUACGAUAGUUACGAGAAUCUCACAAUGAAAGUAGUGAAAAGUUUCGAGUGGCUGGACGAGCAGUUUGAUUACGGGUUGGGGUUCAGAUACGUCCUCAAAUGUGACGAUGAUAGUUUUGUGCGGCUCGAUAAACUAUCAACGGAGAUUGCAAAUGUGGAGUUGAUUUAUCUCAAAUCUGACUUGAAAUACGUUAAAUCGUUGGCUGAAAACGACGCGUCCCCGUUUAUUCGCUCAAACGUACAAAUCAAUCGGGACGGCACCAAAAACGAACUGCAGUUAUACUGGGGAUAUUUCCACGGGAGCGCCAAAAUUAAAACCGCAGGAAAGUGGAAAGAGCCCAACUGGAUAACUUGCGACAGAUAUGUACCUUAUGCCCUUGGUGGAGGGUACAUUUUAUCAAAAAAACUCAUAUCAUUUAUUGCCAAAAAUCGAGAUAGUUUUAGGCAGUAUAACUCUGAGGAUGUGAGUGUGGGGGCUUGGCUGGCCCCUGUCACGAAUAUUUUGCGACUUCACGACAUACGAUUUGAUACAGAGUGGACUACACGAGGUUGCCAAAAUUUCUACUUAAUCACCCACAAUAUAUCAAAGGAAGAAAUGCAUAAAAUGUACGAUAACAUCCUCACAACGAAUAAUUUAUGUAGCGCGACUAGCAUAAAAAGACGCCAUUAUUUUUAUAACUGGGCUGUGCCCCCUAGUCAGUGUUGUAACCUCAAAGAGAAAGAAAAAACUUAAAAUUGUGUUUAUUCCAUUUUUACAAUAAAAUCAGUCAUCAUCUGA